AUGGUGGGUAGAUCUUCUGUAAAAACUGUCAUUGUGGACCAAGGCCCUACGCUUACUGAUGUCCACAGAGAUAUGCUUCAGUGCAAUUUUCAAGAGAAAGAUAUUAAGAGUGUUUUGGAUGCAAUUCCAGUAACCAAAGCCCCUGAGCUUGAUGGCUUUAAUAGUCUAUUCUCCACAUUACUCUGUCAAGACAUCAUUAAACAAGACAUCAUUAAACAGUAUAAUAGGGGGCAAGUCAGACCAAGUUGCAUGAUGAAACUAGAUUUGAGGAAGGCAUAUGACACUGUAGAUUGGAAAUUUAUUAAGAAAGUCAUGCUUGAGUUAGGUUUUCCUGCUUCUUUUGUUCACUUAGUCAUGACAUGUCUUUCAACAACUCAAUACUCAAUUCUGAUCAAUGGACUUCCAUCUCCUCUUAUUCAACCUAGAAGAGGGGAGGGUUGA